UGAAAAUGUACGUAAUGAUUCAUUUUAUUGAAUAUUACAUAUUCUCUGGCUAUCUGCCAUGAAUGUGCAUGAAAUUAAAAAUUAAUAGACCUUGUCCUACCUUUUUGUCCAAGAAUUAUGAUUUACAUUAGAGAUAAAAGACUAGGUAGAAUGAGUAGAAUCAGACGACAAAGCCAUGCAAAGUAGAAAGCUAUCAAUUCGGAGCAUAAGCAGUGACGUACUGGCAUAUCAUUCGAACAAUCUCGAAUAUUUGGACCAAGUAACUCCAUCUCCUACCUAUUCUUCACUAUAGAUACAUUGACUAACGAGAUCUUUUGCUUUGAAUUUUUGCCCAUAAAUACUCCCAGCCACACAGAUACAAUUGCCCAUAAGCUAUAGCUACGUUUCAGAACUCUUACCCUUGCAAUUUCGCUUAUCAUACCAAUAUCUUCAAAGACUUCGAUGGCGGAUGAGGUUGUGUUGUUGGAUUUCUGGGCCAGCCCUUUUGGGAUGAGGCUGAGGAUCGCUCUGGCCGAGAAAGGCAUCAAAUACGAGUACAAGGAUCAGGACCUGAAGAACAAGAGCCCACUCUUGCUGCAGUCGAAUCCGGUUCACAAGAAGAUCCCGGUUCUCAUUCACAAUGGCAAAGCGGUCUGCGAGUCCCUUAUUGCGCUUCAGUACAUUGACGAGGUUUGGAACGAUAAGGCUCCACUCUUGCCCUUUGAUCCUUACCUUAGAUCGCAAGCAAAGUUCUGGGCCGACUUCGUGGACAAGAAGAUAUAUGAUUUGGGGAGGAAGGUAUGGACAACUAAAGGAGAAGAACAGGAGGCCGCACAGAAGGAAUUCAUUGACUGCAUUAAGCUGCUAGAAGUGGAGCUUGGAGACAAGUCAUUCUUUGGGGGCGAGACCCUCGGAUUCGUGGAUGUGACACUCGUUCCUUUCUAUUCCUGGUUCUCUGUGUAUGAGAAAUUUGGUAACUUCAGCAUAGAGCCAGAGUGCCCAAAGUUCAUUGCUUGGGUUAAAAGGUGUUUGGAGAAGGAGAGUGUGUCCAAGUCCCUUCCAGACCAGGAUAAGGUCUUUGACAUUGUUGUGGAUAUCAGGAAAAAGCUUGGAAUGGAGUAGGAUGUGAUCCAUCCAUCAAUGGCAAUUUGAAUGUGCUUGAUCUGUUUUUUCAAAGAUUUAACCUUGUUUUGGGUUGUGUUGUAUUUUUCAAAAAGAAGAGGGCGCUUGACCAAACCCUCCAUAGUAAUAAUGGGUACAUUGUUGUGUCUCUGGUCCUGUUUUUUUCUUGUAAUCUUGUUUGUUUUUAAUCUUUUAUAGUCGAAUUAUGACAUUUUGUUGUUAAGUUGUUGUGUGUAGAGCAAAGAGUUCAAAUAUACUCGAUCAGUUUCUUACCCUAAAUGAAUUUUGUUCUUGUUUCAGUACGUGAAUAA